CCCAUUUCCUGCGUCAUAACACUCCGGUCCACCGUAAAGUAUAGAAUGUCGGCCGGCCCUUGCUGGCAAAAUCGAGAAGACAUUCGCGCGUCAGCAUAGUCUUCGUAAUAUAGAUAUCAGGUACCCGUUCAGUCGUCCGGCACGAUGGACGUUGGUGGCGACGGUAAGGUCAGACUGACGCUCGAAGACGUGCGUGAAUUGAUCACCAAGGACGAGCCCGAUGUGGAGAUUAGCAGCUUGGACGAGGAGCCGGGUUCAGGUAGAGGAGAUAAUUACACAUCCAUGUUGUACCGGGUACGAACGAAAGGGCGCAAACGGUCGACGGCAGAUGAAGGGUGGAUAAAGUACGAGUGUGCGAUCAUCUACAAGAUCCUGCCGGAGUCGAAGAAGCGUCGCGAGGCAUUCAAGAGCGAGUUGCUGUUUCGGAACGAGGUCGCGUUUUAUAAGCACGUAUGGCCCGCGCUUAACAGGCUGCAAUCAAGUGGCGAGAGGGUGUUCGGCGGUGUGCCCAAGAUCUACGCCGCCAGAGCGGACCUCAUCGCCAUGGAGGAUCUGAGACAGAGAGGCUUCAAGAUGGCAGACAGACGGAAAGGACUGGAGGUGGAGAACCUGAAGCUCGUGCUGAAGGCUUUGGCGGGCUUUCACGCGCUCAGCCUGACGCUGAGAGAAUCCAGGCCGGAGGAGUUCGCGAAAUUAAUGAAUCCGGAACAUGAUCAAGGUAUACAAGAAGUGUUGUUUCGACGAGAUAACGAGGAUUGGUAUCGACAGUAUUAUCGCGUGGCCGCGAAUAACGCUAUCCGAAUGGUAUCCGAUGCGUUACCCUCGCACAUGGACUCCCAAAGAGAGGAGAUAAUGACCAAGUUGCAGGCCUUCCUGAACGAGGACGUAUUCUUCCGCACAAUGAGCGAGCUUGUCUCCACGCAGGGACCUCUCUCUGUGUUCUGCCACGGCGACUGUUGGACCAAUAAUAUUCUGUUCCGGGAUGAGCCGGACUCGGACACAGAGGCCGUUUAUUUAGUCGACUUUCAACUGACGCGGGUUGGUUCCCUCGCUCUUGAUCUUGCGAACUUGCUAUACUGCUGCACGAGUGGCGUGGUUAGGCGGGCUUACAUGACACAGCUUCUCCAGCAUUAUCACUUCCAUCUGAUGUCCUCCUUACGCGUCCUCAAUCCGGAGCGGCCACCGAAAGAUCCAUCUGUCAUGUGGGAAUUAUUGAACGAAGAAAUGCGAAGAUGCGGACGAUUCGGGGUGGGAUUGGCGUUGGACAUACUACCGAUCAGCACAUGCGCCAGCCACGAAGCGCCGGACUUGUACGAGGGGAGUGCGGAGACUAGCGAGGAGAAGCAUAGCGCGGGAGCACCGCCACCGGCCGGCGCCGAGUGUGCUCGGCUCAUGACUGACUUAGUGUUGGAAUUGAUACACAACAAGGCUUUGUAGAUCAGAGAGAAAUGUCGCAUUAUUCAGUAAUAAUAUAUAUA